AAGUCAGUCCUAUAUAAAUCUCCCUCUCCAGCCGGCUGCCUUCAGAUGUGCAUGUGUGUGCUGGCACAGGGACCGUUGUUUUCCACCAGAAGGAAUGGAGGAGUGCGUAAACUGAAAAGGAAAUCUCUUUUACCUGCUCUUACAGUAAUUUAUCCCAUCACUCCGUACUCUUUUCUGUUCCACGACUUUAGGACGCGUGAGACAGGUACAGCUUUAUUUUCUUCAGCAUCUGCUGGUGCCAAACGCGCAAACCUGUGCGUCAGAGGAGAGGCGAUGCGACUUGCGGAGUGAGCAGAGGCUUUUCCUGGACCUCCACAUCUUCUCAUACACUGAGGGCGAGUGGGAGGCGUGAUUGCGCGGCGGUUUGGAGAGAGUUCGCGGCGCUCUGAUGCGGUGGAGGUGCGCGCAAAAAGCCCGCAGGCGACGCGUCUGUCAUCAACAACUGCAUCAACAGAGCUCUGAGAAGCAGAAACUUUUGAUGGCCAAAUCAACGGCUGUUUUAGUGCCCCGUGCUUUUGUGCACUUACCAUGAAGUGAUUUGGAAUGAAGAUCUUAGUUUCUCUCCCGCAUAUAACGGAUCUGACAGACCAUUUCAUGUGGGCACCUCGGAUGGAUUUGCAGGUACAAUAAAAAAAAAGAGAGAGAGACGUUUGCCAUUGACAAUAAAGGUUGAAGUUGGAUAUUUUAGUGAAAUGAUUAGGCUUCUGCGUGACUCAAUUCAUUAAUUAGCAUUUUCAGACUCGCUUCUGGUACAAAAACAAAAGCACAAAAUGAACUUGUACGUCUUGAGUCUCCUUCUGACCUUGGAUUUAGCCACAGUGGCCGUUAGUUUAUCCACAUGCAGCACUCUGGACAUGGACCAGUUCAAAAAGAAACGGAUCGAGGCCAUCCGCGGUCAGAUCCUCAGUAAACUCAAGCUGAGCAGUCCUCCUGAGAUCUACCCCGAGCCCGAGGAGGUAUCCCGGGACAUCAUCGCCAUCUAUAACAGCACACGGGACCUGCUGCAGGAGAAAGCCAACGAGCGAGCGGCCACCUGCGAGAGACAGCGCAGCGAGGAGGAGUACUACGCCAAAGAAGUCCACAAGAUAGACAUGCAGCCUUUCUACCCUGCCGAGAAUGUCAUCUCUCCAACACAUUACAACCCAUACUUCAGGAGGCUGAGGUUUGAUGUGAGCUCCAUGGAGAAAAACGCCUCAAACCUGGUGAAGGCAGAGCUCAGGAUCUUCAGGCUGCAGAACCCAAAGGCCCGUGUGUCUGAGCAGCGGAUUGAGCUUUACCAGAUUUUAGGUCAUAAAGAGCUCACAUCACCCACACAGCGCUACAUUGACAGCAAGGUGGUGCGCACCCGUAUGGAGGGGGAGUGGCUGUCAUUUGACGUGACGGAGGCCGUCAGUGAGUGGCUGCUGCACAGAGACAGAAACAAUGGAUUCAAGAUCAGCCUGCACUGUCCCUGCUGCACAUUUGUGCCGUCAAAUAAUUACAUCAUCCCCAACAAGAGCGAGGAGCUGGAGACACGCUUUGCAGGUAUAGAUGACAGCUUUGUGCACGGAGGGGAUCUGAAGAUGUUUAAAAAGCGCCGUCACAGUGGCCAGUCUCCACACCUGCUGCUGAUGCUGCUUCCAUCGUACCGUCUGGAGUCCCAACACAAGAGCCACCGACAGAAACGAGCUCUGGACGCAGCCUUCUGCUCCAGAAAUGUGCAGGACAACUGCUGUUUACGCUCUCUCUACAUCGACUUCAAGAAGGAUCUGGGCUGGAGGUGGAUCCAUGAACCGAAAGGUUACAACGCCAACUUCUGUGCAGGAGCCUGUCCGUAUCUGUGGAGCGCAGACACUCAGCACAGCAAUAUCCUUGGCCUCUAUAACACCAUUAAUCCAGAAGCGUCUGCAUCUCCUUGCUGUGUGUCUCAGGAUCUGGAACCCCUCACAAUCCUCUACUACAUCGGCAAAAACCCCAAAAUUGAGCAGCUCUCCAACAUGAUUGUCAAGUCCUGCAAGUGCAGCUAGGAACCGAUUAACUCCAUUUCCAAGAACACACAUUCACACAAACAAACAUACAAUAAUUUAAACCCAAUCACAAACAUGCUGGGCAGGGUGUCAAGGUACUUCCUACAGAAUAGUUCCUACAACAAGUACAGACCAUAAAAAACUCUCAAAAACCAAGAUGAUAUGUAAAAACACACAACUGAAUGGUGUGUGGAUGUGUGAACUGUCGGCAUGUGUCACGUCACCCACUCAUCACUCUAUGGAUGUGAGUUUGGCAAACACUGGAAGUAUGUUAUAGGUGUCUAUAUGUGAAGCAAGCGGAAGAAAAAUCCCUUGUUCCAUUUAUUUCAAACAAACACUUUUUUUUUUUUUUUUUUGGUCGUUGUUGUUGAUUUUGUUUCCCUCAAUAAUUCAGAUAUUGUUUGCUUGACUAUUUGAUAAUAUUUAAAACCCAUGAUAUUGUUCACCAAUACCGGUGAAGAGCUGGAAACUUCUGGCAAGCGUUUGUCGCAAACUGUGUAGCUGUUGCAAAUGAACUCCAAGUUUGGCACGAAUAAACCGUUUUUGCAAGGGGGUAGAGUUGGCGACUGAAAGAUGAAAUAUUUUUAAAGUUAAUGCGUGCCUCAGAAAUACAUAGUUUUACCACCUUACAUGGUGUAAAAAAGGCCAAGACCAACAAGUCAUGUUGCUCCAAGCAGCCAAGGACGUUUUUGUUCCAUUGCGAGCAGUCAUUUAGGUCAGAAACAUUCUCUACACAAGUACAACUGCAACUGCAGUCGCGAAUGCUUGGCCAACACAUUGCAAGCAAAACCAUUGCACAUUCUUACAUUAUUGUGGCAGUUUCUAUCAAAUGUCUGUGCCAUUAAGCCAAAUGUUUCAUCAUGCAGAUAGCUAGAUAUAAACAUGUCGACAUCGCUAAGCAAGAAGCUUUGUUCCAGCAUGACAGUAAUUGAUCUAAAAGAGAAAAGCGACUAGAAGUUUAUGCUAGUGUGCAAAAAGGAGGCGUUUCAGAAAACCACACAGAGCUAUACCAGAGCAUAUAGUGCCUGGUUAAACUGGAAUACGGGUGGUUAGUGAAUAACACGCUGGUUUUGUGCUGAAAUAAAGCACGCAAAAGUGGCAACUUCAUGAAUUCACCCCUUGGUGCCUUAUUACAGAGCGGGUGCAGCUAUGAUGUCAGCAACUCAACAGUGUUGAAAGGAAGUGAUGUCAUCAGAAUGGUACAGAGACUGAGGCGACGGUGGGUAAUUCACAAUAGGUAUGUUUACAUGCACUAAUUUUCGUCAGUCGAAUGAAUCCAAUCCCAUUUCAGAUUCUGAACGUUCCCUAAGCGUUGCGUUGAUUCACAUAUUCGUUUACAUUCGUGUGCAUUACAUAUAUUCCAAUCAAAACCAGACUUACCGUGAGUAAAAUUGUCAUAUUUUUGCCUCAAUGGCGUCUAAAAAGAAGGAGCUUUUGUAAAUAUUCCGAGUCUUACCAGUGAGAAGUCAUGUCUCGCAUGUAAACGUAGCUAUUGAUGUUAGAAGAGUUGUGUCAGUAAAGUCAGAUUUUGAUGAAAGGAUUUGAAGAAUGUGAACAGACAUGUAACGGACAGGUCAUGUAAGUGAGAGACAGUAACCCCGGUUCAUCCUUUUGAACAUGUUGUGCAGAGGCCAGCUUGACAAAUGCACUGCAGCAGCGUUUUCAUGGAGAAAUGUUUUAUACACAUCUCAAAGUGUCUUCCUGAAUUUGUGAUUUUGUUUUCUCUCAGAGAAAGUGAUCCAUUGUUAUGAAGAAUUGCACUGACUAUUUUAUUUCUACAUUUUCUGUUUUGUUUUGUUUUAUUAUUUGUAACUAUUGUUUGCUGGUUUUUAUUCGUAGUUAUAGCUUCACCCACAUAACAUGAGCUGAUGAUGUGAGUGGCUUCCAGGUGGAGGUUCACCUUUUAAGUCCUUAUCUUAACAAGAAUUAGAGAAGAGAAAAAGAGAAACGUCCACUCACGCCCAGGAUUUUUAGGUGACACUUAUUUUAUUUGUAUUAGGGCAAGAAUGCCAGUGGACUUCCUGCAGACACAGGAAGCAGAAGGAGACACCAGCAUUGUCACACUAGAGCUGUUUAUUGUUAUUGUUGUCUAUGAUGAUGAUGAUGAUGUCGAUAUUGUUGACCCACUAUGAUGUAUUGUAACACAUUACUGUUGUGGUGCUCUAGUGGUAAAUAAAUUAUUUAAGUGACAAGG